GCGACGGCGACGGUGACGAUUCGACGUCAUACUUUAUGGUUUCCUCUCGAGACGAGACUGCGAGCUGAUGGGCAUCACAUCCAGCUCCAACAAUUGUGAUGAUACGCCUUGCUUAUAGGUAUGACACGAGACUUGAACUCGCACGAGUCUGUGGGUUGAGCGCUGCCUGCAAGUCGUAGGUAUCUACAUAGUUGUUGGAUAAAACCCGCGCUUCGCAUAUAUACGAAAACGGUUCUAGCGAUCAGCGGACAUUCGUCGCUCGACCGUUGAUUUGAUAAGACUUCGUGAGUUUCGCAAGAUAGGCAAAUGCACGCGUGUGAUCUCAGCGAGUUUUCUUCGAUUUGAUUUCUGUGGCAAAAGUGGAAGGAGGAAGAUUUUUGUGCAAAUACGGUUCGAGUGACUUGCCAAACGUCAAUCGAUAAGGGUUGCGGUGGUGGAGUGAGCGUCGACUGGGUCAAAGUCAUCGAAGAAAUGAUAGGAAGGGUUUAGUUACAGAAAGAAGAAAACGAAAUGAAGUUCGAUAAAAGCAACGCACAGUCUCCCCUAGUUGGUGAUACGAUCCUUGAAGCACGGCAUCAACCUCCCGAGUAUCAGGAAGAGUCAACCAUCAUUCCAACAGUUGUCAUUAGUGGUACCAUUAGUGUAGAAAGUAGUGCAAUCGUAGUGAAUAACAACCAAAGUGAAGUGCAAAUCCCCGAAACAUUAGAAUCGCAAGCAUUUCAAAAAGAAGAACAGGAACAACAGCCUCCUUCGAGAGUGUUAGCGUCCUUCUAUCUAGAUGGGAAACUGGAAGAAUUAGAUGAACAGUAUCUGCAACAGAAAGAGGAAGCUGAAGAUGAGAAAUUCCAUUCCACGACCAAAGGAGUGUUCAAUCAGUGUCUGGUGACAUGUGCAGUUCUACUCCUGGCGGCAGCAUGCGGGAUGCCGAUUGGAUACUCGGCCGUACUUCUUCCCCAACUGUACAAUGUCAGCGAACCGCUCUUCAUCGACAUCGAGAUGGGCUCGUGGAUCGCCAGUGUCCACAGCUUAGCCACCCCGGUCGGUUCGUUUGCUUCCGGUCCCAUCAUGGACCGCUGGGGUCGCAAACCGGCUCUCAUGCUCGCGAUCGUACCACUCUUCUUCGGAUGGAUCUUCCUAGCGACAGCGUCAUCGCACUUCCUCAUACUGGUUGGACGGGUUGUUGCCGGUAUCGCCGUUGGAUUGAUCGCCGCCCCCGCACAGGUCUUGUUGGCUGAAAUUGCCGAACCACAUCUUCGCGGUCUGCUCAUUGGAGUGCCAUUCGUGUCGUAUUCGUUGGGCAUUCUGCUGGUCUACGCAUUGGGUAGCUUCCUGCACUGGAGAGAGGUGGCUUGGGCUGGUACAGUGCUGCCAGCGCUGUCCUUUCUCGCCAUAGCAAUGAUGCCGGAAACGCCGGUGUAUUUGGCGCGAAACAAUCAACUGCAAAAGGCGGCGAAAGCGUUGCACUGGCUCCGCGGAUGCCCGAUACAGGCCAAACGGGAACUGGUCCGGUUGAUCAUCCGGUUCCGCAAUGAGACGCUGGAAGGCAACAACGGUGGCAUCUGGAAAUCGCUGUCGGAGAUUGCGCUAAUCAAACCGUUGGUGAUCAUAAACGGCUUCCACGUGCUGCAGAUCCUAUCCGGGACUUACCUGGUGGUGUUCUACGCGGUUGACAUCAUCUCGGACAUGGGAGGCAGCGACAUCAAUACGAUGCAGGCAGCGGUCCUAACGGCCGUGGUUCGACUGGUGUUCACCUGUCUGUACUGUUUCCUACUGUUGGCGAUGCCUCGCCGGACGAUGGUCAUCGGCAGCGGAGUCGGUUCUGGGUUGAGCUGUUUGGCGAUAGCUAUCUUCAUGUACGCACGGUUGGGCGCGUUGAAGACUUCGAUGGACACCUACGUGAUGGCGGUGUUCAUCUUGAUCUACAUCGGGGCAAAUACGGGGUUCAUGACCAUGCCGGGAAUCAUGAUCGGGGAACUGCUGCCGGCGAAGAUCCGCGGACAGAUAGCGGGCUAUCUGUUCACCGUGUUCAACUUGAUGCUGUUCGGAGUUGCCAAGGCAUUUCCCUAUAUGAAAGAGGUGUUCAAAACUCAGGGACUGUUCCUAAUAUUUGGGGUAGCCUCUUUUGGGGCGUCACUUUUGGUGUAUUUGAUGCUACCGGAAACGAAAGGUAGGACACUGCACGACAUUGAGGACUACUUCCAGCAGCGAAAUUGGUUCUGGGUGAACAGGAGGAUAACUCGGGUAAAAGGGGAAAUGGGGGUCGAAGAAGAGGGUACACCGUUGAAAGAUGUCAAGAAAUGAAUUGA